AUGAACUUGCGCGAUCUUAUCAAUAAACAGCAAAUUCCUCAGUACUUUAUUAGUAUUCAUAAUACUGAUUUCACACUGUUAGCGCGUCAUGUAUUGUUAUUUCAACAAUCAAGCAUCUACGAGCAACCUUCUAUUGAAAUUCUUCAAAAUGAUUUGGCCCAACAUUACGCAGUAGUUCAAAGAUCCGAUUUUAAUCAACUAAGUGUGUCCAAUGAAUCUGAAGCUAAUUCGACCAAUGAAUCUGAAAGUAAUUCGCGAGGCUCUUCAACUAAUUCAUCUUCAAGCUCUUCCGCUUCUUCUGGCUCGAGCCAAAAAUUCGCAAAUAUCAUUUCUGUAAUCCGGGAACAGUUUUCGGAUAUCUUUGAUAGGGUUAAGGGUGCGAAUGAUUAUUCUUUAGAUCAGAUGUGUGCUGUUGUAUCGGUUGAUAUUCUUAGUAGACUUGGAAUGGGAGUAAUUGGGAAAGAUACAAUAAAGGGAUUUUAUCGUGGAGAAAACAUAAGUAGCAAAAACUUAGAAAAAAUAGGUGCUUGGGUAGAUCAUACUCAUUUACAUUGUUACUGA